AUGUACACCUUCACAGAUUGGGAGUAUACACUCAACCCACAUGGACCUUCACAGAUUGGGAGUAUACACUCAACCCACAUGCCCCCUUCACAGAUUGGGAGUAUACACUCAACCCAUAUGCCCUUUCACAGACUGGGAGUAUACACUCAACCCACAUGCCCUCUGGAUUGGGAGUAUACACUCAACCCACAUGCCCCCUAUGUAGCCUUGGGAGUAUACACUCAACCCACAUGCCCCCUAUGUAACCUUCAAGAGGAAAUGGAGAAGACCCACCUGAUUCGGUGUCCCACAGGAGAAAAUGAAGAAGACCCACCUGAUUUGGUGUCCAGCACUAAAGACAACGACGGAAACCCAGAGAUACUGGGAAGCAAAAAAAAGCCAGAGAUACUGGGAAGCAAGACGAGACAACGACGGAAAGCCAGAGAUACUGGGAAGCAAGAAGAGGGAAAACGAAGACCCACCUGA